AUGGACAUUUCAACAGCAAUGCUCAACUUCAAGCCCGAUGCCUCCAUGGGUGGCCUCAGACCGACUGAUCGACUCCCGCUUGCGCGUCGCUGCCGCAAUGUCCUCACUUCACGCCCGACCACCAGCCUCCGCGUGCGCUCCGCAUCGACGCAUGUCUCCCCGACCGCGAUAAACCUGCGCCCGCACAUCCCACCUCGGAACAAGGAGUUGUACGAUGCACUGUCAGCGCUUAGUGGAGCCGCCGAGACCUACGUCAAUAUAAGCAGAUUGCAAUUGGCAUUGCGGGGUCUGGCGGCGCAGGAUGCUGUAACAAGAGUCGCUGUUCUCGGUUUGAACAGCCAAUUGAGUGCGCAGCAGCUUGCACGGCUACUACUCGCAGAUCCGCUCAGUGCUGAGGAGCAGUGGGAGAAGGAACUGGUGAAACCAGGCGACAGCAGCGAGAGAGCGGUAUUGCUAAAAUACGGCGACGAUGUCGAUGCACAUGCGCCUUCGCCCCUCUACAAGGUCCUCUCUAUACCCUCACGAACCCUUCAAUCGCACAACCUAGAGGUCCUCGUCUCUACCAUCAACGUCAAUGUCGCAAAGUCCCUACCCCAUAUGGUGACAGAGAGCUCCACCGAAACGUUGCUGGUUCCCAAGCUCCAGGCCACUUCCGCACGAGGAUUGCCCGUCCCAUACCCGGUACACAAGACUCUAGUAUUAGGAGAAGGACUGGACAGCGCCAUAGCAUUUGGAAGAUUCUCAGCGGAUGGGCUGAACGAGAUGGAUGAUAUGGUAAAGAUGGCCGUCGACCUCCCCGCCCCGUCGGACGAAGUCAAGUCGGAUACCCACGCCGCAAGCGCUCCCAUCAACCUCCAAGUUGGCACGAAAGCGCUCGAUAGCUUCCGCGAGUCGAUCCAAAAUUCCAUCAUCUAUGAGCGAGGGUGGUUCAAAAGUGGUUUGCCAACGCUGUCGGAGUGGUUAGUCCAAGACCUUCAGGCCACAGACGCUAUCAAGCCCCCGAUGAAGACGCUUGUAGCUUCUAUAGCCGACGACGUAGAAGCGAGCAUCACCAAACAAGACGCUGCUCGAUUGCAACAGCUUGCUCCAGUCCAGACACAAUCAGACAUCACAACCUCCAUCGUCGGUCAUCUCGAGACCUGGGCCGAAAAGUCUCAUGCGGAGCUCCGUGACGAGCUUGAUGAAGCCUUCACGGCUCGGAACUGGCACAAGUUAGCUUGGUGGAAGCUCCUCUGGCGUGUGGACGACGUCACGAUGAUAAGCUCGGAGAUCCUCGAGCGGCGAUGGCUCGUCUCAGCGGAGAAGAACAGCAUCUACCUCGCCGGUCGCAUGAACCAAGCUGGUUUCCCAGAUGACGUCCACCAUCUCGCCGUUACCGACAUCCCGGAAGUGACAACGCAGGACACAGCGCCGACAGCAGAGAAUCCGCGAACAGAUCUAUCCACCAACGUCCGGAAACCAAUACCAUGGCCUGAACACAUCGCGGCUGCUCGCACAGAACUCAUCAACGACACCGUGCCACCUCUGCAGGCACUCGCUCAACGACUUCUCCUACAGACCUUCAGCACAACUUCCCUCUCGUCCGCUGCCUCAGCACUGCUCUACGCCUCCAUGUCUACAUUCUCCGUCUUCGAGGCUUCAGCCGUCGCAGCACUCGGUCUUACGUUUUCUCUUCGCCGCAUGCAGAAACUAUGGGAAGGUGCCAGAGAAUCAUGGGAGGGUACCCUGAGAGAAGAGGGUAGACGCACGUUGAAGGGUACAGAGGAGCGAGUCAGGUUCAUUAUCAAUAAUGGAGGGAAGGAGUACGUUGAGGAUGAAAGUGUAGCUGAGAGGAGAGCAGCGAGGGAAGCUGUAGCAAAGGUCAGAGAGGCACUUGAGCGGAUGGACGGUGGGGAUGGCAAGGGCAGUGUAUGA